CAACCCCCUCCGUCUCUUUCCCACCGACGUGACGCGUUCUGACUUGAAAUUGCUCGCGUUCAGGGGAGCUCAUCGGCUUGGACUACUUGUAUGCCCAGACCGGCGCCGCACUCCAUUCAGACCCCGGUCGAGACGGGGAGGGGGAGUUGGAGGGGAACCCGAACCGCUUGGCUGGACAAGGUGGCAGAGGAGGACAAUGGGGCGGCCGAUGUGGAAGAGGACGAAGGAGACCUGGAGUUCAUGGCCUUGUCCAUGUACAUGUUGGAAUGCCAGGACAGGGACAGGGAGGCUGCGCCCCCACCACAUCCAGAUGCCCAUGCAGAAGAGAACGUCCUCGGCCCGGACGGACACGGGGGCUACCGGCACGUCUGCCACCUGGUGUCGGCGCUGGUGGAGCUGCAUCUACGCUCCUUUGUCACGCCGUCGCAGGUGGCCAACAUCAGGGAUCUGUGGCUGAAGGCCCCUGUUGCCCUUCCCCUGCGGCACAAGGACAGGUCGUCCAAGGGCCGCUUCAAGACCUUGGCUAGAAAUCGCCACUCGACGGGCCUGGACAGUUUGUCUUCGAAGUCUCUCCAUCAGACAGGGCACGGAGGUGGCGCACCCCCCGAGUGUGAGUAGGUUGAUGGAGGCCAUUUUCAUCGAACUGUGCUACAUCCACGCUUGGGGGCGCAGCCUGGCCGGGAUCCGGAUGAGGCGAUGGGGGCUGGUGUUGCGCGACUACGGGCGCAUCAAACAAAUCUGCAGGUCUGUGCAGCUGCUGGCCGCCGCUCCCAUCCAGCUGGUGGAGGUCAACCACCGGACCCUUACGCAGUGGUACAACCGGAGAAGCAAGGAGGAACUGGUCAGGAGCCUGUGCGUGUCGCUUCCGGUGCCCACUGCAGACCAGGUUGCAGCAGAGGCACUCCCGCCAUCCAAGCCUUUACUGGAGAAGCCUGUGCAGCCCAGUAAAGGCCUGGAAUACAACCACCCGUACAACACCUCUGGUCUGGCAGUCACUCACAAAGGGCUUGUCCUGCCAGAGCUUUUUGCAGCACGUGCGUCCGCUUCGUCCUCCUCCUCCACCAGUGUUGCUGCUGUGUCUGCUUCGUCCUCCGCCGCCGGUGAAACUGCUGCUGCGUCCGCUGCUGCUCGCAUACGGUUACGGGAGGAGCAGAUACGGGCGCAUAUGGGCUUCAGCACUCCAAAUGUCAGCAGCAGCAACAGCAGCACUCCAAGUGUCAGCACCCGCACUGGCAGCAGUGGUCCCAAGAGGAGAAAUGCGACUCAACACGUGCAAGCUCUGUGGAAACCCAAAGUCGAAAGCCUUUGGCCACAGUCGCUACAGGAACGAACACUUUUGCUCUCAGUCGGCAGGGCCUUCAGUGGAAGACUGGCUCGCUGAGAAGAAGAUGGAGAAGGCACAAUCAAAGCAUCGAUCUCCACGCCAUCUGCUGCCUCGACUUGCCAAGAGUCCCCCCCGCGCCCCCAACACACAAUAGCAUCCAGCGUGGUGCUGUCGUCGUCGUCUCAUCUUUGACUUGCAACUUCUGACCACUUACUUGCUUCCAUUGUUGUCUCCCGGGAUACAAUCAGGACUCUCUUGGGAUCUUAUCCUGUGGGCCCUGCCCACUCUUUGCCACCUUCUGAGGAGGAAGGAAGCUGCCACUCCACUCCAAAGCCCCCAAGACCCCCCACCCCACACACACAGACACACACACACUCCUACACUUACAUCAAAUAUCGAAGGAAGGGAAGCCAUACUGCUGAGCAUUAUUAUUCUCUUAACCCUCAUGCAUCAUCAUCACAAUACAUACGCAGCAAUCAUUGUUCAGGCUUGAAAGUGUUAAAAUUAAGUUUAUAUGAGUAUUUUUUUACUUCCAACCCCUCACAAUGUUCAGUGGCAUCAGACCGAUCCACAGAUAUGUAGUAUUUUUUUUUUAUGCCCCCUCUGGACAAUAAUCAAGGGAAAUUAUAAUAACGCAUCAGGUUUACAGUAUACUGAAAUAUAUGGCCAAAAUAUUUCAAUGAAAGACUCCUGCGUAUAGUCAAUUAGCAGCUCCUAUGUCUUAAAAGUUACGAAAGUGCAUCAUGGUGCCAUUUUGAAGUUAUACAUGUUAAAACACUAGCAAAAAAAAUCAAAAAUAUCCUCCAGCAGUGAGCCGCAAAGUAGAGAACGCUUAUGACCUUUUCUCUCCCUAACUAGGAGUCAAGUAUUUGGAGGCAAGUUGUUUAUGUGAUUUUUUUUGUUCUUUUCCAUCUACAGCCUCGCCUUCAAGUGCAGACUCCACUUCUUCCGGGUGGAAAAUUCCAGCCGCAGCCUCCACUUCUUCCACUUAUUUCUCUUCGAUAUUAAAAAAAAAAAAAAAAAGCCCUCUAAAUCAGUAUAUUUCUCUUCUAUAUUUUUAAAACAAUGCCUUCUCUAAAUCGUUGGAAGUCAUUUGAAUGACGACAAUGACGACAAUUGCGUGUGUUAAUUUUUUGGGGUCUUUUAAUUUUAAAAAAAGUCGUUUGCUGUGUUUUGCUUUUUCAGUCAAAUAAAGGUUGGGGUGUUUUA